GCCGGGCUGCGGCGCCUCCGCUCGGAAGCAGCCGUUGGCUGCGCGCGCCGCCGGGGGCAGGGGAGGCGGGAAUGGCCGCUCUUGCCGGCGGACUCGGCUGCUCUGGAGGAGACGGGGUGGGGGGGAGAAGGGAGGAGGUCUGUGCUGCUGCAAGAUGGCGGCGCAGAGGAGGAGUCUGCUGCAGAGUGAGCAGCAGCCCAGUUGGACAGAUGACUUACCAUCCUGCCAUCUUUCUGGAGUGGGCUCAGCUCCAAACCGUUCCUACAGUGCGGAUGGCAAGGGGACGGAGGGUCACCCCUUGGAAGAUAAUUGGUUAAAAUUCAGGAGUGAGAACAACUGCUACCUCUAUGGCGUUUUCAAUGGCUACGAUGGCAAUCGAGUCACCAACUUUGUGGGUCAAAGGCUCUCUGCAGAACUGCUGUUGGGCCAGCUACACGCAGAUCACAGUGAUGCUGAUGUGCGCCGGGUUCUGCUGCAGGCUUUUGAUGUGGUAGAAAGGAGUUUCUUGGAGUCCAUCGAUGAUGCUUUGGCAGAGAAGGCCAGCCUGCAGUCCCAACUACCAGAGGGUGUACCUCACCACCAGCUGCCUCCUCAGUACCAGAAGAUUGUGGAGAGAUUGAAGGCUGUAGAGCAGGAGAUCUCUGGAGGGGCCAUGGCUAUUGUGGCUGUUGUUCUCAACAACAAGCUCUAUAUCGCCAAUGUGGGUACUAACCGGGCACUGCUAUGCAAGUCCACGGUGGAUGGGCUGCAGGUGACUCAGCUCAACGUGGACCAUACGACAGAGAACGAGGAUGAACUUUUCCGCUUCUCCCAGCUGGGCUUGGAUGCAGGGAAAAUAAAACAAGUGGGAACUAUUCGUGGGCAGGAAAGCACUCGGCGCAUUGGAGAUUACAAAGUCAAGUAUGGCUAUACUGAUAUUGAACUGCUCAGCGCUGCUAAAUCUAAACCGAUCAUAGCAGAGCCUGAAAUCCAUGGAGGGCACUCGCUGGAUGGCGUGACUGGUUUCUUGGUGCUGAUGUCAGAAGGGCUCUACAAAGCUCUGGAGGCAGCUCAUGGGCCUGGACAGGCCAAUCAGGAAAUUGCAGCCAUGAUAGCCACAGAGUUUGCAAAGCAGACAUCACUGGAUGCAGUGGCACAAGCAGUAGUGGACCGCGUUAAGCGGAUUCAUUGCGACACUUUUGCCAGUGGUGGGGAACGGUCCAAGUUCUGUCCCCGGCAUGAAGACAUGACACUACUUGUGAGGAAUUUCGGGUACCCCCUGGGUGAGAUGAGCCAGCCCACACUGACACCAACGCAAGGAGGCCGUGUCUACCCAGUCUCUGUGCCAUAUUCCAGCUCCCAAAGCACAAGCAAGACAAGUGUCACACUGUCCCUCGUCAUGCCUUCCCAAGGUCAGAUGGUCAAUGGUGCCCACAGCAGCUCUACUCUGGAUGAAGCCACCCCCACCCUCACUAAUCAGAGCCCAACCGUGACUCUCCAGUCCACUAAUACACACACGCAGAGUAGCAGCUCAAGUUCAGAUGGGGGUCUCUUUCGCUCCCGACCCACCCACUCGCUCCAGCCAGAUGAAGAUGGGCGUGUUGAGCCCUAUGUGGACUUUGCAGAGUUCUACCGGCUUUGGAACAUGGACCAUGGUGAGCAGGGAGCACUGACUGUGUCCUAACAUGGGGAUGUGCCUCCUGCAGACACCCUGAGCAAAAGACUGAGGAGAGAAGGAGAGAGCUCCAGCCAACAGCUGCGUUCUGCCAAGAGUUAACUCCUAUCCAGGAUGUGCUGAACACUGGGCCAGGGAGCCUGUGCAGCUCUCACACACGUGUUGCCUGUGCAAUGCACCCUAUCCUGACCAACCUCGUUCCCUUGGAAGCCCUGUGAAUACAGGAAGGGGUCUUGAAUGCAACCCUCACUGCAAGUUACUGCAAAUAAAGUUGCGGAGGGGGCUCCCUUUCUGGAUAAUGCGAGAGUAGGGGCCUGUACAAAGGCUGUGUGUGUGUGUGUGUGUGUGUGUGUGUGUGUGUGUGUGUAGGUGUGUGUGUGUGUGCCUGAGUGUGCGUGCUGUCAUAAUGUUUCCACAACUCAGUUCAUAAUGCUGUGAUUCCAGUGUUCAACUCCAUAGAAGAUACCUCUAUUUUACAGAAUAAAUAACUUAUAGCUACA